ACAUCCUAAAAAUGGUAAACGAGAGUUUACAGUUGAAUAUGUAUUGAACAUUAAUUGUUGAAUUGAAUAGUGAAAAAUGCGUGCGUUUUAUAGAUAAAUAUGAAAUGAAACAAUCCCAAGGCUCGACGACACGAGCCUUCAACAAUAAAUAUAGAAAUUUUAUUUUAAUGUAAAAUGAAUUCUGUGAUGAACGUAAAGCCUUUGAAGGAUCGAUGGUAUAAAUAAUGAAAAUGUCAAGAACAUAUACAGUGUUAGAGAAAACAUAAUUUGUUGUCUGAAAAAGAUAGUGCCAUCAUUUCUGAACACAAACUUUCGUCAAAGGGUACUUAAUCCUCUAUGUAGCAAGUUAAAAAGAAAAGCAUACAGUAUCAUCUCUAUAUACUAAGUUGAGUACAACAAUACAGCACUAAAAAAAUGAAUUCGCAUUACGAUAUUGUAAACAAGAGAUUGUAUCAUCGUGGACAAGUUGAUGUCAUAGACAUGCCAGUGAAAUUAAGCAGCAAUUACAAAUACUUAUUUAUUUAUGAGGAUCAAGAAUCUAAAUUUGUUGUAUUAAAAGGAUUACAUGAAAAUAGCGCAAGCGAAGUAGCUAUGAAACUUUUAGAUAUAUUGGCCAUCAUUGGAGCACCACAGGUUAUACAAAGUAAUAAUGGACGCAAAUUUGCGGAAGAAGUUGUACAGGAACUACGUUUUUUGUGGAAAGAUUUUAUUAUUCUUCACGGAGAUAUUUCUGAAAGCAGAAAAAACAACAGGGAUUUUAAGAACUUACUUGAAUGCUGGGUUCAGAGAAACCCUAUGAGAACAUGGCAGGAAGCUUUGAAACAUGUACAGAUUUUACAAAAUUCCACCUUUCGAAACCACAAUGGAAAAAUUCCAUAUGACAUAUUGUUUGGAAGAAAUGUGCACGAGGAAUUUCAUAAAAGAACUGGGACCAUAAAUAGAAAGGAGGAAAUUUGGACAGAAGAAGAAUGGAUUAAUCUUCAAUCCGACAAAUCUACUACUAAUGAAAAAGAGGAGACUGAAAAUUUUAUUGAAAGUUCAGAUCUGAUGGAAACUAAAGACAUAGAUAGUUCGCUCGAUGGCGACAGCUAUUGUAGCAGCGAAGUUAAAAUCGAGCAUACAACAGGACCUCUGAAUUUUAAUUUCGUUAAUGUUAAAAGCGAACCUUUAACUAUGCAAGCCGAAGAUCCUGUGUUGGAAGAUGCAUUGGCUGAUAAUAAAGCAAAAGACAAAUUGGCCGACGACAAGGAAGACUCAUCCUCCGAGAAUCAAAAUUUGAAAUGCAAGGUCUGUCAGAAGCAGUACAUGAAACUUGGCCACCUGAAGAAUCAUAUGAAAUCGCACACCAAAGGAAAGAAGUUCGAGUGCGCUUUAUGCAACAAGACGUUUCAUGUUUUAAGUUUAUAUGAGAAACAUAUGCGGCAAUCGCAUAAACAAACGCAUAGUUUAAACAGAACAAGAAGAAGCAGAGAUCCUUUGCAAAUAAAACCGAUAUUAACCGCGAAAACAACCGAAUUGGAUUGCUCUACAAAUGCAAAGGUGGAUGAGCCAAAAUCUAAUGCUGUGGUCGAGGCGCCUAAACCGGCGAAAAAUUUGUGUCUCCUAAAGGAGAGAAAAAGAACGCCUAUAGAAAAAGUAAAUAGCGGCGAGUCAUCUUUGGAAUGCACCUACUGCAAGCAGAAAUUUAAUUUCCCUAGCGUAUUGAAAAGACACAUGCGGUCCCACACGAACGAAAGACCGUACAUUUGUGAGAUUUGUAAUAAGAGUUUCAAACAGUUAGGGCAUCUUACUCAGCAUUCGCUGACACACAAAGAUUACCGUUCGUUCCGUUGUGCGGCUUGCGGGACCAGAUUCGAAUCUAUGACCGCGUUGAAGGUGCACGCACAGUCGCACAAAAACGCCUUUAACUCGAAAACGAAAGAAUCUUUCCGUUUGUUCGAGUGUGACAAUUGUAAGAAGGUCUUCACUACCAAAAGCGUGCUGGAGCGACAUAUACUGACUCACUCGCACGAGCGUCAAUUCGCAUGUGUCAUUUGCGGGAAAAGAUUCAAACAAGCGGGCCACGUGAAGUCGCACAUGCUUGUUCACACUGGUGAACGGAAGUUCGAAUGUACGGUCUGUAAAAAAAGGUUCAGCCUGUCGAACUCGUUGAAGAAGCACAUGUACGUGCACAAUGGGGAGAAACCGUAUCAGUGCGACGUGUGCGGCGCACGAUUCCUUGAAAAGAGAAACCUGAACGGACACCUAAUGACCCACACGAACGAGCGUCCGUUCCGCUGCAAGAUCUGUGGGAAACGGUACACUUUGGCGGAUACAUUACGCCGUCACAUAAGCGCAGCGCACGAAGAGGGUCGCACGUACCAGUGCGAGAUCUGUGCGAAAAUGUUCAAACAAUUGGCCCAUCUUUCCGUUCAUAAGAAAGUGCACAACGACGAGAGACCGUUCCAGUGUCAUCUGUGCGAGAAGAACUUCAAACAUAAAAACGUUCUAAAAUCUCAUUUGGCCAUUCAUGCGAACGUCAGACCAUUCGAAUGCGACGUCUGCAAGGCCACCUUCGUAAGGAAGACCAACUUGCAGACGCACAUCACGUCCGCCCACAUGAAUGAGAGACCGUACGUCUGCACCAUUUGUGGCAAACGAUUUAAACAAAUUAGUCACUUGAACGGUCACGUGGUGGUGCACAGCAAUUUAAUGCCUUUCCAGUGCGAUUUCUGUGAUCGACGCUGCAAUAGACUUGACAAUUUGAAAAAACAUAUGCGCCUUCAUACGAAAACCAAGGAGGAAUACAUUCUUCCGUAAAUAGUGUUACGUUUGUUUCAAUCUGAAAUAUCUCAUCGUUCUAAGCAUUCGAAUGUGCGAAUACUCGAUCGCAGCCCGUCCUGCAGGCAUCUUUACAACUCUCUUCCAGAAAUAAGGGUAGAGAUGGGAGAAUUACCGCCCCGUAUCCAACGCAUGCGUGGAAGUACAGCGUACCAUCGAAUUGGUCGAAGUCAGAGACUCUACUAUACGUCGCGCCACGGGUAUCGACGGACGGUAUCUCUUCACCAUGGAAUGGAGCCAGACCCAUGCCCCCACGAUUUCCCUACAGUUUGAAGAGGAAAUUUAAAGAAUGGCCUACGGGCUGUAAACCCUUGACUCAACCUAAUGUGUAUUAUUAAUUAAGACUUCUAGAUACCAGACGAUUGUUAUCUGCGAUUGAAUACUUUCUGUCAAGAGAAAGUGAGAGCAAUUACAAUUAACUGAUUUCGAAUAUUUUUAUAUAUCUGGUAGAAUCUCGCAAUCUCGUACAUGGCAGAAAAACUUUACUACUCUUGUCCUGUAUUUUUUACUAAUCUAUAGUAUAAGUUCUUUCUCGCUAGUAAGAGUUAAACAUAGAGAUCAACGUGCUGUAUAAUUGUACAAAAUCAUAGAAAAUAAAUUUCUAAUUUGAGACCGAA